AUGCAGCCUGCUUCUGCAAAGUGGUGCUAUCAACUGGAAGAUGUCCCCAUUAAAUUUUGUGUUGAAGACAGUAAAGAUGUUAACGUAAAUUUUGAAAAAUCCAAACUGAAGUUCAGCUUUUUUGGAGGAAGUGACAAUUUUAAAGAUUUAAGGAAAAUUGACCCUUGUCACUGUGUUGAUCCAAAUGUUAAUUGGCUGAGUGUGGACUUCAAUAAUUGGAAAAGCUGGGAAGAUGACUUGGAUGAAGACUUGUCUAAUUUUGAUCAUUUCUCUGAGAUCAUGUACGACACGGCUGGUGAGGAUUUACCAGAAGUCAGUGGAGCAGAUGCCGAUUCACAAGAUAGUAAUGAAAAAAUGAUCUGGAGUAAGGAAUAUUGUCGUCAACUGGAUUUUGAAAAAGAAAAGCAACUUCUCUGCAAGAUUUCAUAA